AUGCUAGUCCCUACCAAAACCGCUCAAAAGCCAUGGACCCCAAGUGAGCGGUUCACAUUUCACAAAGAGGCGCACAUUUGGCACACAUGUGGCUGUGCUGCGCAGCGUCACCAUGGCUCAUUAAACACCAACAGCGGAAUUCUAUUCUUGUUUGAUUGGUAUACGGACGAUGGUGAGUCGCCGUACAGCUUCCGGAACCGAUGCCCAGGAAAGACACAAAAAUCUAUCGUUACGAUGCUUAUUUUUAACAAGGAGCCGGCGACAUCAUACCGCCAGAUGAUUAACAUAUGA